CCUGAAUAAUAAAUGAAUGAUUAUAAUCAUUAGUCAUAUGAUUUAAAACGCACAGGAAUAUUCGAGAUUAAUAAUCACAGCUCAUAGCAGAAUGGCCCGAGGAGAGGGCGGAGGGGGGAAGGCCAAGUCCGAAAUAUGCAUAAUCUUAUGCUUUGCCACGCUCAUCAUACUGCUAGUGCUGGGACUGACCGGUUUAGGCGUCGCUAAGAUCGUCAUGGGCGCGGUUUACCUUGAUGAAUGCGAGUACGAGCCCCUGGUUCCCAUCUAUGUGCUGGUGUCCGGCUGUUCAGGAUUCUUCACUGUUUUACUCGGCCGCCUUAAGCCCAACAAGGACAUACAGAGGAGCAAACAGUCGAAGUCUUCCCUAGACAAGUUCCUCGUCUUCCUCGGCGGGCUGGCAGCGGUCUUUAGCUUUGUCUGGCUGAUAUGUGGAAGCGUAUGGGUGUUUGGAAACUAUAGUGACGUCAUGAACGGGUGCCCUGGUUCUCCGAAUUGCUGUGAGAAGAGCAUCAUUAAGUUCGCUAUGACCGUCACCAUCAUAGACUUGAUUGUGUACGGGCUGAUAUUGUUCGUUCUGGUAUGCAUCUGCGUCAGUGUCAUCUGUCAGGCCGUCAAGGUGAAAGACAGCGCCCCGGGAGUUGAGGCCGGCAUCGCGGGUAGCCUGAAGCAGAACAUGAAGCACAAUCAGCGACAACUGCGGGCUAAGAUGACCACCAUGGGAAAGGAAAAUAAAGGUGUGACACCUGAACCCGGCAAAACGGAGGUUAGGCCUACCGGUAGGGACGUAUACGGCGUCAUGACGCCAGUGUCGGGAACCGGAAAUGCCGCAUUUGUUAUUUCAAAUGGACAUUAGAGUUUAUUUGAAAGAUAUGAGAACGUGUAUACUAGAAUACAAAUUAGUGAGUCAGUUUACCAAAGAUCGCAAGUUCAUAUUUUGUAAAAGUCAUUAAUGUUUUACACAUUACUUAUCAAAUGUAUUUAUCACAAAAUUCACCGCAUGAUAUGCAUGCUAUUGACAUAACUCGUCAAUAUGGUGAAAUCUCCAUUUAGCCAAUGUUAAAGGAUGCCCAAUUUGGAUAGCUAUGGAUUAUAUAAUGCCUAGAUUGCCUGUUAUCUGCCUGGUACUGUUGCCAGUACCUUUAUUCUGCGUGUUUGAAUACUCUACUAGCAGAUGGGCAAACGGAUUCUGGGCCAGCAUAAAGUGUGACCAUAAUGUCACUGUCCUCUUCUGCCAUCUUUGCCAACGAUCCUGUCAAGGAAAUCGACUAGCCUGGCUAUGACGAAGUUCGUGUCAAUGCUUAUAUGUGUAUUCUGAUGACAUGGAGCUAAUGACGGAGACUGUCCGAGAUUGAGGAACAGUCCUUGCUAGAGGCCCGCCUAACUCAUGUUAACGUUGGUGGUUAUAAUUAAUAGGUCAAAGUCAGAUGGCAUGCACUUCCAAAAAGGGCGUCCACAUCGAACAUAAUUUAUUUCCGCAUUGGUAAAAAGGAGAUUGAACAUAAAUACAAUUUUUUUUUUACCUCGUUAUCAUUUUCCAAGGCAAUGGUGACUGCUCUAAAUGCGAACGUCUGCCUAUGGAGACUGGCAGGGCACUCUAGGUUCUGUAUACGCUCUGUGACUCCUAAAGCAAUGAAAGUGAGUGCCAUUUUGUCUUAAAAUGUCAAUUGUACAAUGAUUUAAGAACUACAUGUUUUGGGCCCCUUUUUGUCAAAAGAUGAAUUCGUAUAUCGUCAUAAUACAGUGAUAAACAUAUAUCGUAAAUCGUCAUAAUACAGUGAUAAACAUAUAUCGUAAAUCGUCAUAAUACAGUGAUAAACAUAUAUCGUAAAUCGUCAUAAUACAGUGAUAAACAUAUAUGCAAAAUCAUGUUAGGCAAUUAGCAAAGUAUACUGUCAAGUAGUAGUAUUUUAAUAAUAAUAAUUAUAGUGUUAUUUUCGGAAUGUCUGACAAUAUAUAAAUAAAGUAUAUUGUGUAUAUAUGUAUAAUUGUAAUUUUAUAUUUGUUUUAAACAAAUCGUCCGUUUUCCUUCACAUGUUUUUGUUUCUUUAUGUUUGUGAUACUAUAACAUAUUAUAUGGUCAACUAAUUAUCAUCUUGCUUUAACUCACCUGUGGACGGUCAAUGAUAAUACCAUAUAUAUUGAUUCCAAUCAUUGAUGCUAUAUACUGUAUUAGAUUUAGUGCAUUGUGACAUACACAUAUGUUUAAUUUUGACUGGUGACUUAUAGGCCCGAUGUGUUGGUGUGAAUAUACUAUAUGUUUUUGUUUUAUUUAAAAUGUCAUUAAAUCAUAUACACAUGUCACUAUAGUAAUUCGUUUACUUACAUAUGCGUGAUACUGGGUAGUAGUAUAAACUGUUCUUUUAAUAAACAAAAAUAUACUUUUACAAUCUUUCUCAUUCGUAUUUCAUGUUUUUAUUAUCAAAUUGCCCAACUAUUGUGAUAUUGAAAAUGUUAACGCUCUUAUAUAGCGGGACUUCUAUUGACAUGUUCUCCUUAUUUAUUAUUUAUUACUUUUAUAAUGUUAUUUUCGUGUUUGAGAAUUGUGCAUUUUCACGGUAUCAUUAUUCUAUGUAAUAAAACUG